AUGGCUGAUUCGUCUGUGAAACUGGAACAGGUGGACCUGGUCAACGCCAACAUCCUGGCCGCGGGCGCCAACAAGCAGUCGGUGCGCGUGGUCAACGGGCUCGGCAAGCUCAUGGGCUCCAAGAACAUGGUGGACGUGGACUUCAAAACGGACUCGAACAUGGACUACCUGCUGCAACGCGACAAGGAGGAGAAGGAAAAGUACCGCGGCGGCAAAAAACACAUCUCGGAACAGCCCUGGACGCUCCAGAACUGGCACCAGCAUCUCAACUGGCUCAACAUGGUGCUGGUGGUGGGCAUCCCGCUCGUGGGCUUCUACUUCGCCCUUAGCGGCCGUGUUCCCCUCAAGGCCUCGGUUUUCUGGUUCUCCGUCUUCUACUACGUCCUGGGUGGUGUCUCCAUCACCGCUGGCUACCACAGACUUUGGGCCCAUCGCGCGUAUUCCGCCCACUGGCCUCUACGUCUGUUCUUCGCCGUUUUCGGUGCCGCCUCUGUGGAAGGCUCCAUCAAGUGGUGGAGUCAUUCUCACCGUAUCCAUCACCGUUACACCGACACGCCUCGCGACCCUUACGACGCCCGUCGUGGUCUCUGGUACUCCCACAUGGGUUGGAUGUUGACGCAGCCAAACCCAAAGUACCGCUCCCGUGCCGAUAUCGAUGAUUUGACCGACGACUGGAUCGUGAGGUUCCAACACAGACACUACAUCCCAAUGAUGUUGAUGAGCGCCUUCAUCUUGCCUGCAUUGUUCUGCAAGUAUCUUUUCAACGAUUUCACCGGUGGUUUGAUAUAUGCCGGUAUCAUUAGGGUCUUUGUCAUCCAACAAGCCACCUUCUGUAUCAACUCUUUGGCUCACUACCUCGGUGACCAACCAUUUGACGACAGAAGAACCCCUCGUGACAACUGGAUCACCGCUUUGGUCACUUUUGGUGAAGGUUACCACAAUUUCCACCACGAGUUUCCAACCGAUUACAGAAACGCUAUCAAAUGGUACCAAUACGACCCUACUAAAGUGUUCAUUUAUGCCAGCUCUUUGGUUGGUCUCUCUUUCAGUCUCAAGAAGUUUUCUCAAAACGCCAUUCAGCAAGGUUUGGUACAACAGCAACAAAAGAAGAUUGAUCGCAAACGUUCCAAGCUAAACUGGGGUACUCCUUUGACUCAGCUGCCCGUUUGGGACAGGUCGCAGUUUAUGGAAAACAUCAAGGAAAACCAAGGGUUGGUUAUCAUUUCCGGGAUUGUACACGAUGUUUCCAACUACAUUACCGAACAUCCAGGUGGUGAAACUUUGAUCCAGGCUGCCUUGGGCAAAGAUGCCACCAAGGCAUUCAACGGUGGUGUUUAUCUACACUCCAACGCCGCCCAUAACGUUUUGGCUACCAUGAGAGUAGCCGUCGUAAAGGAAGGUGUUGAUGCUGCAACCAAAUUUGCUGCCAGAAGAGGUGAAUCUAUUGAAAACAAGAAAUUGGUAUAA